UGAAGCUUUAAGUUGUCUAAAGCAGUGUUUUAUUUCACAAUGUUGCUAAAAGUUGUUGGUAUAAUUCACAUAGUAUUCUAUGUUAUUAACGGUGCUACAUCUCAAGGAUGGGCAAUAGACGACGAUGGUUGCAGGACGCCAGAUCUCGGUGUCGGUACGUGCAUUCUAGCGAAAGACUGCGGGAGCAUGGUGAGCUUCCUCAAGAUGGCACCUUCACCUCUACCGUCUCACCUAAAAGAAAAACUGAGGGAGUACGUUUGCGGCUAUAGCGGACGCAAAGUCAAAAUAUGCUGCUCCGAUGAACCAGUAUCACUCAUGUUGUCUUCGAGGAAGGUAACCGAUCAACCAGUGAAGGCUGAUUCAGUUGAAAAUCACAAAAACAUAGGCUUGUUGCCUGAGGAAUGUGGUUAUAUAGGUAUUCCAGACAAAAUUAGUUACGGAGAGAAUGCUGGAUUGGGAGAGUAUCCUUGGAUGGCCCUUCUAUCGUACAAAACCGAAAGUGGACCUAGUUUCCAAUGUGGAGGGACAGUCAUCAAUGAUAAAUACAUCCUAACUGCUGCCCACUGCAUAACAGAGUUGCAAACUCCAAUAAUCGGGGUAAGAGUUGGCGACUACGACACUUCAACUAAGGUCGACUGCGAAAAGCAAGAUGAUGGUACUACGAAAUGCGUUGAUGAACCAGUUCAAGAUUUGUUCAUUGAGAAAAUCAUACCGCAUCCAAAUUUCACCAAGGAAUACGAAAAUGAAAAUGGAUUUAAUGACAUUGGGCUUCUAAGAGUCAAAGGGAUGAAACUAGCAGAUAAUGUUCAGCCCAUUUGUCUGCCAACUGGAGUAGCCCGUAACGCCGAGCUUGGUUCAGUCAUCAUUACAGGGUGGGGAUUCACAGAAAAACAACCAAAUACCCAGAGCACCAUCCUCAAGAAAGUGAUCGUUCCUGUGAUAUCUCAAAAAAAAUGCCAGAAGUCGUACCAAACCAUUCGCGUCAGUGAAAAACAAAUUUGUGCUAACGGAAAGCAAAAGGACUCUUGCAACGGAGAUAGUGGCGGUCCCCUUCAAACUGCCAAGUUUCUCAACGACGAAUCCAGGAUGGUCCAAUACGGUGUUAUAUCCUUCGGAGGAGCGAUUUGUGGCGCAGGCACCCACCCUGGUUUGUACACGAGGGUAGAAUCGUACAUGAAAUGGAUAUUGGACAAUAUUGAGCCUUAAAUACCAGCAUAUCCAUAUUUCAAAUGAGAGAGAGUGUACUGUUACUUCAAAAAUGUACUGAAUUUAGGAUAUUUAGAAUUUUGUAAUGCUGCCGAUAAUGUAUUUAUAGAAUUGUCUUAUUUUAUUAUUUAUUACCAUAUUUAUUUUAUGUAAUUAAAUUAAAUUUCAUUCAUUAAAUAUUCAUGUAGUUUCUACUAUUCUGUCUUAGUCCUACAAUUGGUACGUGCAUAAUUAGCCAGAUCACGUUGGUUUUGUAAUAAAAGCAUGCUGCAAUUUAGCGGACAAUGGCACAUUUCAGUUGAUCGUAUAGUGGGUUGCCUAACGACCAUAGAAGUUCUUUACUUAAAUCAAACGUAAUU